ACUCACCAGCACAAUGGCCGACACUCCCGUUACUCUGCGGACUCGCAAGUUCAUCCGCAACCCUCUGCUUGCCCGCAAGCAGAUGGUCGUGGACGUCCUCCACCCCAACCGCCCCAACGUCUCCAAGGAUGAGCUCCGUGAGAAGUUGGCCGACCUGUACAAGUCCAACAAGGACCAGGUCUCCGUCUUCGGGUUCCGCACACAGUACGGUGGUGGCAAGAGCACCGGCUUCGCUCUGGUCUACGACUCCUCCGAGGCCCUGAAGAAGUUCGAGCCUCACUACCGCCUGGUCCGCAUCGGUGCCGCCAACAAGAUCGAGAAGGCUUCCCGCCAGCAGCGCAAGCAACGGAAGAACCGCUCCAAGAAGUUCCGCGGUACUGCCAAGACCAAGGGCCCCAAGAAGAGCAAGGACUAAACGUCUCACCCCGCACGAUAAUACAUGGUCCGAUGGAUGGUAUUGGCAUGGCGAGGAUGACGCUGGUCUGGUGGCCCGCCUGUUUCAGCCCUGGUUUCUUCUGGAAUGGGUUGUGGUGUGUGUGGGAAGGGUGGCCUGCGCUUACUUAGAAGCAGAAAAAACAAAAAUGUUCGGACUCGGCCAUCUUUCCUGGAGGCUGUGUGAAACCCCCUUAUGUUGUUAGGAUCGAGUCUUUGGAUCCGUGGAGCUCGAUGAUCCCCCCAAAAGGCGUCGUGUUGUUUCUUUCCUCGUGGUUUGGAUCAUCGGUUUCGAAUCAGCGAGGGAUAUGAGAAUCCGGGCUUCGGCUGUUGCCCCGGGAUGAAUUACAUAUUUUUUGUUUCUGUUCA